AUGUAUACGAAUCAGGCGUACAUCGAGCAAGUCUCUAGAAAGAAAGGAUUAACCAAAUGGUGGAAUCAUCAUCGAAUUAAGAUCAUCUGCAUCUCUUUCAUCGUUAUAACAAUUUGUAUAAUUACUCUUUCAUUAUUAUUAAAAUUCGUCAUUCUUGCUCCGAAGAAGCCAGAUGACAUCAUCACCACCGCAACGUCAUCAAUCACAACACUAAUAUCAUCAUCAUCAAUAACAACAACAACAACAUCAAUAACAACAACAUCAACAACAACUACUACAACAUCAACAGCAACAACUACAACAACAUCAAUAUCAACAACAAUCACUACAACUCCACAGUCAGUAUGGUAUAAUACUCGUAGCAUGAAUAAUGCACGAUAUCAACAUAUAUCAUGUGUAUUAAUGAAUGGAAAAGUGUUAGUUAUCAGCGGAGAAUCAGACUACGGCGGUUUUGUAAAUAAUAGUGAAUUGUAUGAUCCACUGACUGAAACUUGGACAACUACUGGUAAAAUGAAUGAUGCCCGACGUGAACACACAGCAUCCAUAUUAACAAAUGGAAAAGUGUUAGUUGCUGGUGGAUACAAUGGUAACCGCUUAACUAAUGCUGAAUUAUAUGAUUUAUCUACAGAAACUUGGUUAGUCGUUGGUAAUAUGAAUUAUGCACGAUCUGAUCAUACAGCAGUUACAUUACCAAAUGGAAAAGUAUUAGUCACUGGUGGAUAUGGUAAUACUUAUUUAAAUAGUUCUGAGUUAUAUGACCCAUCGAGUGAGACUUGGACAAUUACUGGUGAGAUGAAGUAUUCACGAGAACACCAUACAGUAUGUUUAUUACCAAAUGGAAAAGUGUUAGCUACUGGCGGGUAUGGUGGAAUUUAUUUGUUUGGUAACAGUUAUUUAGACAGUACUGAAUUAUAUGAUACAUUGACAGGAACUUGGACAACUACGGGUAAAAUGAAUUAUGUACGAUAUGAACAUAGAGCAUCUUUGUUACGAGAUGGAAGAGUAUUAGUUACUGGUGGACGAAUCGGUAAUGAUAAACUAAAGAGUGCUGAGUUGUAUGAUCCUUUGACAGAAAUGUGGACUAUUACAGGUAAUAUGAAUUGUGGACGAAGUUUGCAUACAGCAACCGUUUUAACAAAUGGAAAAGUAUUAGUUACUGGUGGCUGUGGUGACAAUCCUGAUAAAAGUGUUGAAUUAUACGAUCCAUUAACAGGAAUGUGGACAAUUAUGAGUAACAUGAAUCAUGCACGAGAACAUCAUCGAGCAUCUUUACUAUCAAAUGGGAAAGUAUUAGUUACUGGUGGACUAGAUCAUAAUGCUCUAAAUAGUGCUGAAUUGUAUGAACCACUAAGAGAAGCUUGGACAUUAACUAGUAGUAUGAAUAAUGCACGAGAACAACAUACAGCAUCCAUACUAACAGAUGGAAAAGUAUUAAUUGUUGGCGGAGUUCGUGAUGCUAAUCAAGAUAAUGCUGAAUUGUAUGAUCCAUCAAGAAGAACCUGGGAAAUUACUAGUAGUAUGAACGAUGCACGACAUGGAUAUACAGCAAUCGUAUUAACAAACGGAAAAGUUUUAGUUGCUGGUGGUUACAAUGAUCGUGGUUAUCUAAAUAGUUCUGAGUUGUAUAAUCCAUCAACAGGAAUUUGGACAGCUACUGGUAGUAUGAAUGAUGCACGAGCUGAUCAUACAGCCUCUUUAUUAACAAAUGGAAAAGUUUUAGUUGCUGGUGGACUUCAUGGUGAUAUUCUAAAUAGUGCCGAAUUAUAUGAUCCAUCAACAGAAACUUGGACAACUACUGGAAAUAUGACUAAUGCACGAGAUGGACACUCAGCAUCAAUAUUAGCAAAUGAAAAAGUAUUAGUUACUGGUGGACAUGGUGGUGAUGCUCGAAACAGUGCUGAAUUGUAUGAUCCAUCAACAGGAAUUUGGACAAGCGUGGGUAACAUGAGUGACGGACGACCGUGGCACACAUCAUCCGUAUUAACAAACGGAAAGGUAUUAGUUACUGGUGGAUAUCAUGAUAAUAUAUAUGUAAAUAGUUCUGAGUUAUAUGAUCCAUUAACAGGACUUUGGAUAAUUACUGGUAGCAUGAAUAAUCUACGAUAUGGUCACACAGCAACCCUAUUAAUAAAUGGAAAAGUAUUAGUUACUGGCGGAGCAUCACGCAUCAGUCAUUUUCUACAUAGCAGCGAGUUGUAUGACCCUUCAACAGGGAUUUGGACAAUCACUGAUCAGAUGAAUGAAGGACGACAGUGGCAUACAGCAUCGCUGUUAACAGAUGGAAAAGUAUUAGUUACUGGUGGAUAUGGUGCUACUGGCUAUCUAAAUAGCGCUGAAUUGUAUGAUCCAUUCACAAAUACUUGGAAAAGUACUAAUAAAAUAAAUAAUAUAUUAGUAGCUGAUAGAGAUAAUGGUACAUAUCUACAUUAA